AUGGUUGAGGGUGAAUCAAGCAAUGCAAGGGAGAGAAGGCUUAAGAUGCAAGCCGAUUUGGAGGAUGAUCAAGGAUGGAAGAGUCUGAUGCAGAGGAGGGAGUUUGAGAUUGGAGUGAACCUUGUUCAAGAGGAGGGAAAUGGCUCUCCAAGUGAAGAAGGAGUGAUGAGACUGAGAGUGAAGAGGAAGGAGAAGAGGUGA